AUGCAUUUAAAAUAAGUUACUUUUUUAUUAGAUUAAUAUAAUAUCAAAUUUUAUUAAAUUAGUUCUGAUAAUCAAUCAAUCAGCACAUAGCAAAAAUAUCCAGUAGAAAAAGAAAAGAAAGAACAAAGCAAAUAUUAUUUAAAAUAGAAAAUUAGCAUUAUGGAUACUAUUUAUGUUAGAGUAAAAAGAGAGAAUAUGACUAUAUUUUUCGUUUGUAGGACUACUGAUUCUAUUGAAAGUUUGCGUAAAAGAUUAGUUACGUUUUAUAAAGUUUAAAAUACAGAUAUGAGACUAUUUUUAGGAGAUAGACUACUUGAUCCUACUUCAAACAUUUAUGAUCAAGAUGUCAAAAAUAAUAGUUUAUUGAUAUUGAAAUUAAGAGCAAAAAACUAAUUAGAAUGGGAAGAAUGA